AUGGACCAGAACCUGUUUGGAGGGGCCCCCAGAUUCCUCACGCGGCCCAAAGCAUUCGCAGUGUGCGUUGGCAAGGAUGCCACUCUAAGCUGCACCAUCGUGGGCAACCCCACCCUACUGAUUACCUGGGAAAAGGAGAAGCUACGUCUGACCUCCGGUGGCCGCUUCAAGACGGUGGAUGAUGGUAAUGUCUACCGCCUCACCAUCUACGAUCUAACCCUGGAAGACAGCGGCCAGUACAUGUGCCGGGCCAAGAACAACGUCGGGGAGGCAUACGCAUGUGUAACCCUUCAUGUAGGCCUUCCACAAGAGAUGGUGGACAGGGCCCCCAUCUUCAUGGUCAAGCCCACCUCUGCACGCGUGGGCCUGGGGGGCGAUGUGGUCUUCCACUGCCGGGUUGCUGCUUACCCAGAGCCCAAAUUUGACUGGGAUAAGGAUGGGCGUUACCUAGCCGAGACAAACCGCAUCAAGGUGUCCUCGGACGGCGACAGCAGCUCCCUGAGGAUCCAGAGCGUGCGCAGCCUAGACAGCGGCACGUAUACCUGCCGCGCCCAGAACUCGGUGGGCCGCUCGAACUCUGCCGCCGUCUUGGUCAUAGACACGCAGGACUCCCGUCACCUGGGCCAGGACAAGAGCACCUCCCUCCUCUCCCACAUGCAGAAGCGUAAAGAAGGGAUCUCCAUCUACCGCACAGCAGAGACCCACAACUCCACCACCACCUCGUCCACGGCCACCACUAUGGUCACAGACGGGCUGAGCGUUCUGGGUCUGGACCACGGCAGAGCAGCACUGGUCAGCCAGCUACCCAAAAGCGUCUUCACCCGCACCUGCACGGUGACUGAGGGCAAGCAUGCCAAGCUCAGCUGCUUCGUGACGGGUCACCCCAAGCCUCAUAUCAUCUGGAGGAAGGAUGGGGGGAACAUCGGCGAGGGACGUAGGCACAUCAUGUAUGAGGACCAGGCCGAGAAUUUCAUCCUCAAGAUCCUGUACUGCAAGCAGAGCGACAACGGCCUGUACACCUGUAAUGCCUCCAACAUGGCUGGACAAACCUACAGCGCUGUGCUGGUGAUUGUUAAAGAGCCCAAGGUGCCAUUCAGGAGGAAGCUGCAGGAUGUGGAGGUCCAGGAGAAGAUGACGGCCAUGCUGCUGUGUGAGGUGCCCGUUUCGGCUAGCCAGGCCAGCUGGUUCAUGGAGGAGACACGUCUGGAGGACAGCUCCAAGUACUGCAUGGAGGAGGAAGGAACCAUGCGUCGCCUCACCAUCCGCAAUGUCACUACUAAUGAUGAUGCCGUCUACAUCUGCGAGAUGAAGGAGGGGAGCCGCACCGUAGCCGAGCUCACUGUGCUCGGGAACAUCACUAAGAAGCUUCCCAGGAGGACUGUAGUGUCGUUGAGUGAUACAGUGAUCUUCUGCGUGGAGCUGGAGCACCCCAGUUCUGACGCCUACUGGACACGCAACGGCGAGCGCCUGAAGCCGGACACACGGAUAUCCAUUGCGUGCACCCUCAGACAGUACACGCUAACCAUCAGCCACUGCCAGGCCGACGACUCAGGAGAGGUGGCCUUUGUGGCUGGAGACUGCAAGACCUCCACACGAUUCUCAGUCGCGGCUGCCAGAAAGCACCCUCCAGAUCCCCCUAUCGACGUGGUGGUGCGUAGCAAGACCGACUCGUCCAUCACGCUCCACUGGUCUCCCCCAGACAGUGACCGCCCCGUGCCCAUCAAAGGGUACAUGGUAGAGAGGAGGAAGGUGGGUGCCCAGACCUGGCAGAGGUGCAAUGGCAUGGAAGUCAGCCCCUUUACUGAGAUCACGAUCCAGAAUAUCACAGAGGAGGCCAGCUACCAGUUCCGCAUCUCCGCAGUCAACGACUACGGCCAGAGCCAGCAUAUGGAGGUGCCUGGGACCUUCUACCUCGAGCCCUCUGCAGAGGUGAAGACAGGCCUGAUGAACAGCACAGCCAUCUCAGGCGAGGAGGCCUCCCUCUCCGUGGACCUGUCUGCCGUGUGCUCUGGCUCCUGGUCUAUCAACGGCCGCCUCCUGCGGAGUGGGGCUGACUACCUCAUCACACGCCAAAAGACCACACAUACGCUGACGAUCCGAACCGUCUCGAUGGAGAUGAAUGGAGCCACGGUCAAAUUUGUGGGCGGUGGCUCCGAGAGCACUUGUAUACUCCACGUGAAGGCUCCAGCUGUCCGGUUCACCAGUAAGUCCGCUCACACCGAGGUGGUGACCUGCAGCGCCCAGUCCUCCGCCCAGCUGACCACAGAGGUGUCCGAUUAUGAUGCUCAGGUGGUCUGGAUGAAGAAUGGACGGGAGCUGAAGGUGGGCAAGAAGUACGAGUGCAUAAGCACCGACCGCAGGAGGAUCCUGAUGGUGCACAACGUCACCGAAGAGGACACGGGCAUCUAUGAGUGUGUCUUAAAUGAAGACCGAAUGUCCCUGCAGCUUUCUCUAAAAGAUGAAGCCAAGUUCCUGAACAAGCCCAGGGGUCCCAUGGAGGUGGCGCCUGCCCUCAGCGGGGACCUGGAGUUGAACUGCGAGGUGUCGUCUGCAAGCGGGGUGGUGGUGUGGAGGAAGGAUCAGACACCGGUCACUGAGGACCAAAGAAUCACCGUCGUCUCCAAAGGGACACAGAGAAGACUGGUCAUCAAGAAUGCCAAGAAGAGUGACGAGGGACACUACUCCUGCGAGACAGCCGUGGACAAAGUCACAUUCCAGGUCAAGAUAAAAGAAGCCCAACAGGCAGUCUUCUCCAACAAGGAGUCUGUACAGAAGGAGGUGAAAGUUACUCUCUCCCAGAAAGCCACUCUGAGCUGUGAGGUGUCCGACCCCAAGACCGAGGUGAAAUGGUACAAGGGCGGCAAGCUGCUGACUUCCACUGAGACAGUCUCCACGGAGACAAAGGGCAGGUGUCGUCUGUUGGUAGUAGACAAAAUUGAGAAGAAGGACGCUGGAGAAUACACCUGUGAGGCUAGAGCAGAGAAGCUGGUCUUUAAAAUACAUGUUUCAGAUGUCCAGAAGACUACCUUCUCUAACAAGGAGUCUGUACAGAAGGAGGUGAAAGCUACUCUCUCCCAGAAAGCCACUCUGAGCUGUGAGGUGUCUGAUAUCAAGACAGAGGUGAAAUGGUACAAGGAUGGCAAGCUGCUGACUUCCAGUAAGACGGUCUCCAUGGAGACAAAGGGCAAGACUCGUCAGCUGGUGAUAGAGAAGGUGGAGAAGAAGGAUGCUGGAGAGUACACGUGUGAGGUUGGAGCAGAGAAACUGGUCUAUAAGAUUCAGGUGACAGAAGCCCAGGCUGUCUUCACCAACAAGGAGUCUGUACAGAAGGAAGUGAAAGCUACUCUCUCCCAGAAAGCCACUCUGAGCUGUGAGGUGUCUGAUACCAAGACAGAGGUGAAAUGGUACAAGGAUGGCAAGCUGCUGACUUCCAGUAAGACAGUCUCCAUGGAGACAAAGGACAAGACUCGUCAGCUGGUGAUAGAGAAGGUGGAGAAGAAGGAUGCUGGAGAGUACACGUGUGAGGUUGGAGCAGAGAAACUGGUCUAUAAGAUUCAGGUGGCAGAAGCACAACAGGCUGCCUUCUAUAACAAGGACUCUGUACAGAAAGAGGUGAAAGCUACUCUCUCCCAGAAAGCCACUCUGACCUGUGAGGUGUCUGAUACCAAGGCAGAGGUUAAAUGGUACAAGGAUGGCAAGCUGCUGACUUCCAGUAAGACAGUCUCCAUGGAGACAAAGAACAAGACUCGUCAGCUGGUGAUAGAGAAGGUGGAGAAGAAGGAUGCUGGAGAGUACACCUGUGAGUUGGGAACAGAAAAGCUGGCCUACAAGAUACACGUGACUGGAGAAACUCAGGCUGCCUUCUAUAACAAGGAGUCUGUACAGAAGGAGGUGAAAGCUACUCUCUCCCAGAAAGCCACUCUGAGCUGUGAGGUGUCUGAUACCAAGACAGACGUGAAAUGGUACAAGGAUGGCAAGCUGCUGACUUCCAGUAAGACAGUCUCCAUGGAGACAAAGGGCAAGACUCGUCAGCUGGUGAUAGAGAAGGUGGAGAAGAAGGAUGCUGGAGAGUACACCUGUGAGGUUGGAGCGGAGAAACUGGCCUUCAGGAUUCAGAUGGCAGAAACUCAAGCAGCUUUCUCCAACAAGGAGUCUGUACAGAAGGAAGUGAAAGCUACUCUUUCCCAGAAAGCCACUCUGAGCUGUGAGGUGUCUGAUACCAAGACAGAGGUGAAAUGGUACAAGGAUGGCAAGCUGCUGACUUCCAGUAAGACAGUCCACAUGGAGACAAAGGACAAGACUCGUCAGCUGGUGUUGGACAUCGUGGAGAAGAAGGAUGCUGGCGAGUACACUUGUGAGGUUGGAGCAGAGAAAGUGGCCUUUAAGAUACAGGUGGCAGAGGUCCAGGCUGCCUUCACCAACAAGGAGUCUGUACAGAAGGAGGUGAAAGCUACUCUCUCCCAGAAAGCCACUCUGAGCUGUGAGGUGUCUGAUACCAAGACAGAGGUGAAAUGGUACAAGGAUGGCAAGCUGCUGACUUCCAGUAAGACAGUCUCCAUGGAGACAAAGGGCAAGACUCGUCAGCUGGUGAUAGAGAAGGUGGAGAAGAAGGAUGCUGGAGAGUACACGUGUGAGGUUGGAGCAGAGAAACUGGCCUUCAGGAUACAGGUGGCAGAAUCCUCUGCCAAGUUUAAAAAAACUGCAGUGAAGAGUGCAUGCAGUGUUCAAGCAAGUGAGAAGAUUGUUUUGACCACUGAGUUGACUUCGGAGAGUGCCAGCGUUAAGUGGUUCAGGGACGGUGUGGAGUUGAAGGAGAGCUCUAAGUAUGACAUGAAGAGAGAGGGACAUUCUCACACCCUGAUUGUGAAGUCCACUGAAGUCAAAGACAGUGGCACCUACUCUUGCCACACUGCUGACGACAAGCUUGAGUUCAAAGUUCAAGUCAAAGACUCACCUCUGAAGUUUGUGGUGCAGUUGCAGCCUGUAGCCACAGAGCUGGGUGGUACACUGACACUGACCUGUGAAAUGAACCGAGCCUUAGGGGACGUGCUCUGGCGCCACAACAGCUGUGAGGUCAAACCCGGCGGCAGGUUCUGUGUCAGCACUGAUGGUCCCAAGCGGGUCCUUACUGUGACAGGAAUGGCAAAAGAGGAUGAGGGAGAAUACAGCUGUGAAUGCAAAGAUGAUAAGACCUCUGCCAAGGUCUCCACCAAAGCGCCCAGACUGGUGAAGCUGACUUCCAAGCUGAGCAAUGUCGCUGCUGUGGAGGGGAAGGAGGCCAUCUUCAAGUGUAGUGUCACCCCAGCUGACGUCAACGUGAAAUGGUUCUGCAACAACGUGCCCAUCACUGCUGGGCCCAAAUAUAAGAUUGAGCAUGGGGGCACCAGCCACUCCCUCACCGUCUCCUCAGUCAGUCAGGAUGAUGCUCAAGAGAUCAGCAUUGAUGCAGAGGGCAAAACCUGCAGUGCUACCCUCCAAGUGCAAUUGGAGCCGGUGAUGUUCAAGAAGAAGCUGGAGAAUGUGAUGGCGGUGGAGGAACAGAAGGAGGUGAAGCUGGAGGUAGAGCUGAGUAAGCCCUCUAAAGAGGUCAGGUGGAUGAAGAACAGCGUGGUGCUACAGCCUGGAGGCAACAUGGAGAUCAGGGUGGACGGAGCCAAGCAGACUCUGGUCUUUAAGAGUGUGACUACGGCCGACCGUGGUUACUACUCCUGUGAGACCCUGGACGACAAGACCCAGGCCAAACUCACAGUGGAUGUGAAGAAGAUUGAGGUGGUGAACGGCCUGCUGCCGGAGGUCAAGGCCCAUGAGAAGGAGACAGUGACCCUUGAGGUGGAGCUCAGCCAGGCUGACGUGGAGGGCUCCUGGACCAGGGACAGCGUCAAGCUCAAGGCAGGGUCCAACUGCCGCAUCACAGCCCUGGGAAAGAAGCAUGCCCUCACACUAUCCCAAAUUAAGAUGGAGGACGCAGGAACAAUUGCUUUCCAAGCAGAGGGAGUCAAAACUUCUGCCAAACUGAUUGUUACAGAACCUGCGGCAAUGAUCUCUAAACCCAUGGGGGAUGUCAAAGCCCCAGAGAAGGAGAAGGCUACGCUUGAGUGUGAGGUGUCCAGAACUAACGCUGAGGUCAAGUGGUUCAAGGGUGACAUGGAACUGAAACCAGGGAAGAACUUUCGCAUCCACUCCCAGGGGCGCACACGCAGCCUGCUAAUCCACAAAUGUUCCCAAGAGGAUGAGGGUACAUACGUCUGCCAAACGUCUGAUGACAACACAUCAGCUAAACUCACUAUUCACGCCCGAGACAUUAAAAUAGUGAAGAGGCUUGAGGACGUGGAGGUGAUGGAGAAGGAGAGCGCUUCGUUCUUCUGUGAGAUCUCUCACGAUGAAGUGGACUGCCAGUGGUUCAAAGGCGACACCAAACUCAAAGUCGGUGACAACAUCAAGAUGAGACAAGAGGGUAAAAUCUAUGUGCUGCUGUUUAAGUCGGUGACCCCAGAAGACAUUGCUGAGAUUAAAUUCACAGCUGAAAAGGCCUCUUCAACAGCCAAACUGACAGUGAAAGAGCUCCCUGUCCAGUUUGUGAAGAAACUCAGGGAUAAGUUAGCCUUGUAUACACACCGUGGGUUCUUGGAAUGCCAAGUGUCCCGGGCCAGCGCCAAGGUCAAGUGGUACAAGAACAAGAAGGAGAUCAAGCCCAGCAAGAAGCACGAGAUCAGCAGCGAGGGUAUAUACCGCAAACUCACCAUAAACGACGUGGGCUCGGAUGAUGAGGAUACUUACACCUGUGACGCCAUCGACGACAAGACAUCCUGUAAACUUCUUGUGGAAGAGCAGGCCAUCAGCGUCGUACGGGAGCUAAGUGCCGUGGAAGUGACCGAGCCCUUUGCCGCCUUCUUCGAGGUGGAGAUCAACAUCGACUCAGUCAAGCCCCCCAAGUGGACCCUGAAUGGUGUGGCCGUGCAGGAGAGCGCUGACGUGGAGAUGGAGAAGGAGGGCUCCAUGCACCGCCUCACCUUCAAGAAGACCAAGGCCUCCAUGACAGGACCUGUCCAGUUCAUGGCUGGCAAGAGCAAGUCUGUGGCCCAGCUUACUGUCAAAGGGCGUCCUCUUGAGGUGGUAGAGCCCAUUAAAGAUGUGACAGUCAAGGAGAAGGGCUCAGCCACUCUGAGCUGCAAGUUCUCCGCCACACCCAAAGAGGUGAGCUGGUUCAAAGGGCAAACCCUCCUGGAUGCUUCAGACAAGUACAGCCUGAAACAGGACGCUGUGAGGGCUCAGUUGACCAUCCAUAAACUGACUGGAGAAGACACCGGGGAGUACCGCUGUCAGUCGGCUGCUGCCGAGACCAAAGCCACUCUCACUGUAGAGGUUCGGAAAGUGGAGAUCACAAAACACCUGGUGGACACAGAGGUGGAUGAGGACAGUGAUGCAGUGUUCAUUUGUGAGAUCAACUACACGGAUGAGGAGGUGCAAUGGCUACUCAAUGAAAAAGCACUCUUCUCCAAUGAGGUCAACACCAUCACACACGUGGGCAAAGUGCACACGCUCACACUCAAGAAUCUGGCACCUGAGGAUGGGGGCACCAUCAUCUUCAAGGUCAGGGAAAUCAAGGAGGGUGUGACCCUAAAAGUCGAAGAGAAGCGUGCAGUGUUCCUCAAGUCUCUGGAUGACGUGGUGGGAGAGGUGAAAGGUAUGAUCACCCUGGCGUGUGAGGCCUCCAAGCCCAGGGUCUCCCCCGCCUGGAGGAAAGAUGGUACGCUCCUGACCACUGGCUCUAAGUAUGAGGUCCUGCACACAGGCAAGUCCCUGGGUCUGAUCAUCAAGGAUGUUACCAAGGAAGACGCAGGGGAGUACAGCUGCGACCUGGGUACUGAGCUUUCCAAGUCAAAGGUCACUGUGAGAGACCUGAGCAUAGGUAUCACCAAGCAGUUGAAGUCUGUGGAGGCGAUGGAGGGAGAGACAUGUAGCUUUCAGUGUAUUCUGUCACGGGAAAGCACUGACGAGUGUUCCUGGACCUUGAAUGGCCAGACCGUGGCUAACGGAGGACGCUUCCAGGUGUCCAGUACAGGUCGCAAGUACAUGCUGGUUAUCAAGGAUGUGACGCCAGCCGAUGCUGGUGAGGUGGUCUUCAACAUAAAGAACCUGUACUCCAAGACUACCUUAGCUGUUGAAGGCAAAGCUCAAUCUGUAUCACGGGAGCUGCAGAGCAUUAGUGUAGUCUCAGGGGAGGAUGCUGUGUUCAUCUGUGAGGUCACACAGACCAGGGCCACCGUCCAGUGGGCCAAAGAUGGGAAGGACAUCAGGAAGAGUGAGAAGUAUGAGAUCAGUAAAGAGGAGAGGGUCAUGAAGUUGACCGUCCACAGUGUCACUGUUCAGGACUCUGGGGAAUAUAGCUGUGAGGUCAUCGGAGGAGCCACUACCAAGGCCAAGCUGGAGAUCAAAGAGCCAGUCCACAAGUUUACCAAGGAGCUGAAGGACAGCGAGGUGGAAGAGGAGGGCUCAGUGACCCUGCAGUGUGAGACGGCCCAGCCUGCCUCCAAGGCUACCUGGUCCAAGGAGGGCGUGGAGCUGAAGGCCGGGGGACGCUAUGAGAUGAGUCAGAAGGAGACCGUCCUCAACCUCACUAUCAAACAGCUGGAGGAGAAAGACAGCGGCACUUACACCUGUGACGUGGGCACUGCCACGAUGAUGGCCAAGGUGACAGUCAAAGCCUUGCCUGCCAGCUUUGAACAAAAGCUGAAGAACCAGCAGGCCAAGGAAGGGGAGAGUGUCACUCUCUGCUCUGUGUUAUCCAAACCUGGGGCCAAGGUUCAGUGGAAGAAAGGCACUGAGCAUCUCAAAGCUGGAGACAAAUAUGAGAUGAAACAAAAAGAUGCCUCCUGCGAGCUUCAAAUAAAGCAUCUGAAUGUUGAGGACAGUGGGGAGUACUCCUGUGAGUGUGGAGACCAGAGGACCACAGCGACUAUAAACGUUAAUGCGUUACCUGUGACCUUCAAACACAAGCUGGAGAGCCAGGAGGCUGAGGAGGAGGGCAGUGUGACCCUGCACUGUGAGCUCUCUAAACCUGGAGUCCCUGUGGAAUGGAGGAAGGGAACACAGGUGCUGACGUCUGGAGAAAAGUACCAGAUGAAGCAGAAAGAAUCUGUGAGUGAACUCCUGAUCAGCAAAGUAGUACCAGAGGACAGUGGAGACUACAGCUGUGUGUGUGGAGACCAGAAGACUUCAGCCAGUCUCAAGAUUAAGGCCCAACCUGUUACAUUCAAACAAAAGCUAGGGAGCCAGGAGGCUGAGGAGGGGGGCAGUGUUACCCUGCACUGUAAGCUCUCUAAACCUGGAGUCCCUGUGGAAUGGAGGAAGGGAACACAGGUGCUGACGUCUGGAGAAAAGUACCAGCUGAAGCAGAAAGAAUCUGUGAGUGAACUCCUGAUCAGCAAAGUAGUACCAGAGGACAGUGGAGACUACAGCUGUGUGUGUGGAGACCAGAAGACUACAGCCAGUCUCAAGAUUAAGGCCCAACUUGUGACCUUCAAACACAAACUGGAGAGCCAGGAGGCUGAGGAGGGGGGCAGUGUUACCCUGCACUGUGAGCUCUCUAAACCUGGAGUCCCUGUGGAAUGGAGGAAGGGAACACAGGUGCUGAAGUCUGGAGAAAAGUACCAGAUGAAGCAGAAAGAAUCUGUGAGUGAACUCCUGAUCAGCAAAGUAGUACCAGAGGACAGUGGAGACUACAGCUGUGUGUGUGGAGACCAGAAGACUUCAGCCAGUCUCAAGAUUAAGGCCCAACCUGUUACAUUCAAACAAAAGCUAGGGAGCCAGGAGGCUGAGGAGGGGGGCAGUGUUACCCUGCACUGUGAGCUCUCUAAACCUGGAGUCCCUGUGGAAUGGAGGAAGGGAACACAGGUGCUGACGUCUGGAGAAAAGUACCAGCUGAAGCAGAAAGAAUCUGUGAGUGAACUCCUGAUCAGCAAAGUAGUACCAGAGGACAGUGGAGACUACAGCUGUGUGUGUGGAGACCAGAAGACUACAGCCAGCCUCAAGAUUAAGGAUUUCUCAGCUCUCCCAGUCAUAUUCAAACAAGAUCUGCAGAGUCAGGAGGCUGAAGAGGGGGGCAGUGUUACCCUGCACUGUGAGCUCUCUAAACCUGGGGUCCCCGUGGAAUGGAGGAAGGGAACACAGGUGCUGAAGUCUGGAGAAAAGUACCAGAUGAAGCAGAAAGAUUGCCGUGUGGACCUCCAAGUCUGUGAUUUGAAACCCGAAGACACAGGAAGCUACCAGUGCAGGACUGGAGACACAGGGAGCUCAGCAUGCCUGAAAGUCAAUGCUCUCCCAGUCAUUUUCACUAAAGAGCUGCAGAGCCAACAGGCUGAGGAGGGGGGCAGUGUUACCCUGCACUGUGAGCUUUCAAAACCUGGAGUCCCUGUGGAAUGGAGGAAGGGGGAGGUGGGUCUUUGCCUCUGUGCCAAGUAUAACAUCAUCCAGGAAGGGCACAGCGCUAGGCUAGUCAUCCAAAACCUAGACCCAGAAGACUCAGGCAGCUACACCUGUGACAGUGGUGACUGGAAAACCACAGCACACCUUUCUGUGAAGGCCCUGCCCGUUUACUUCAAAACUCGACUACAGAAUCUAGAGUGGGACGCAGGUGAGAUUGCCAUCCUCCGCUGUGAGAUCACCAAGCCUGGGGCCAGCGUUGUCUGGAGCCGUGGCGACAGGGUCCUGGAGUCUAACAACAAGUAUCAGCUGAAACAGGAAGGGGCCAUUGUGAAGCUUAUCAUCUAUAGCCUACAAGGGGCUGACUCUGGGGAGUAUAUCUGUGACACAGGUUACCAGAAGACCUCCUCCGUGCUCACUGUACAGGAGGUGGAGGUGACCAUAGUGAAGGUCUUGAACAGCUGUUCGGUGCACGAGGGGGAGGAUGUCCACUUUGAGUGCCAUCUGUCCCACGAUGACGCCAAGGAGGUCCAGUGGAAGCUUGCGGACGUCCCUCUGCAGAACAAUGAAAUGAACCUGAUCCGUGCCCAGGGCAAGGUCCACAGCCUCACCCUCAGAGGGGUCACGCAGGCCGACUCGGGCACAGUCACCUUCACCGUGGGUCACCAUACCUCCACCGCAAGUCUGACCGUCCGAGGGGCCCCUGUGGUGUUCAAGAAGGAGCUGGAGAGCCAGGAAGCAGUGGAGGGAGGCAGUGUUUCCCUGACCUGUGAGAUCAGUGCUGAUGGCAAGGUGACCUGGAGAAGGGGCUCCGUGCUCCUCACCCAGGGGGAGAAGUAUUCCAUGGAGCACACAGGUUCUACCUACAUCCUGAUGGUUCACAAGUUAAAGGUUGAAGAUGCUGGAGAGUACACCUGCGAUGCCGGGGAUAAGCAGAGCACAGCCACCCUGACAGUCAAAGAGUCUGUGCGCAUCACUCGGGAGCUGCACGACAUCACAGUGACCACCGGGCAGGAUGCUGUCUUUGCGUGUGAGUUGUCCCAGGAGGGCGUGACCAACGGAGAGUGGUGGCUGGGCGAUAACCUCCUCCAGAACAACGACCUGAACCAGAUGGCCUGCCAGGGCCGGGUACACCGGCUGACACUACAGAUGGUCACCCCCGAUGAAUCAGGGGACGUGGCGUUUGUGGUGGGCGAGGAGAAGACCGUUGCUUGCCUACUGGUGGAAGAGAAGCCCAAAGCCUUAAUCCUUGAGAAGCCUCACGAUACAGUGGCCUUGGAGGGCGAGACAGUCACCCUGUCCUGCACUGUCUCCGACCCCACGGCCACCAUCACCUGGAGCAGGAAUGAUGUGGCCAUCAAAGCAGGACUCAAGUACGACCUGCGGAAGAAUGGAGCUCUCCUGCAGCUGCGCAUCCACAACCUGGAGAUGGAGGACUCUGGAACUUACUGCUGCGAUACCGGGGAUGCACAGUGCACCGUCACCUUGAUUGUGGAAGGUGCCCCGGCAUUCUUUCAGAAGGAGCUGAAGAACCAGGAAGCCCAGGAGGGUGAUGAUAUCACUCUGCACUGUGAGCUCUCCAAGGCGGGCACUCACGUGGAGUGGAGGAAAGGAGGCGCAGUCCUCCAGGCUGGUAAGAAGUACGAGAUGAGGCAGGAGGGCUGCGUUCAGGAGCUCCACAUUCGCAACCUGGAGCCAGAGGACAACGGCUACUACACCUGUGAUGCUGGAGACCAGCUCACCACAGCAUUAGUGGCAGUGCAAGAACCCACAGUAGAGGUGGUGAGCGAGAUGCAGGACCUCCGUGUGGCUGAGGACCAGCCGGCUGAGUUCAUCUGCCAGUACUCCCGGCCGGUCCAGGCCCAGUGGAAAAGAAACGGGCGGCCGUUGCAGCCUGACGGCAGGAGGGUGGUAGUGGAGCAGGACUGGACCGUGGCUCGCUUGUACAUUAGCCACGUGUCCACUGAGGACAGGGGGACAUACUCCUGUGAGGCAGAGGGGACCUGCGUGGUCGCGUCCCUGGAGGUGGAAGCCAAACCCAUUGAAAUCAUCCAGGGCCUGGAGAACAUGGACACCAUCGACGGCGGCGAGGCCCUGUUCGAGUGCUCGAUCUCUCGUUGCGAGAUCAAAGACAGCUGCUGGCUCAUUGACGGCAAGCCGGUGAAGGAUUCGCCAACCACUGAGAUUGUGUCCUUCGAGAGUGGCCGCCGCCACCUGCUGCUGCUAAAGGACCUGCACGUCGGGGACAACUGCAAAGUGACCUUCCAGGCGGGCACCGCAGCGACCUCCGCCAUGCUCAACGUCAAAGGCUGGCAGCUGGAUGUGGUGAGCGGUCUGGAGGAUAAGGUAGCUGUGGUGGGAGAGAAAGUAGAGUUCAGAUGCGUGCUGACCGAGCCUGUGCCUGAGGCGGAGGUAGCCUGGUACUCUAACGGAGCCGAGCUAAAGAAUGAUAACACCUGGGCCAUGCAGGCUGACGGUUGCUUCUACCAACUGGUGCUGAGACAGGCCCCAGCCAUGCCACCACAGGAGAUCACCUUUGCUGCCAGGGACGCCAUUUCCAUGGCCAAGCUCACUGUCAUCACCUUUCCAGACCCCCCGGAGGACCCAGAGCUGGUCAGUAAGCAUAAACAGGGGGUGACCCUGUCCUGGUUCACACCUCUCAGCGAUGGAGGCAGCCCCAUUCUGGGUUACAGGGUGGAGAUGAGGCUGGCGGACAGCGCCCUCUGGCUUCCGUGCCAUGCAGAGCCUGUGUGUAACACAGAGUUCUCUGUGGAUAACCUCAUCCCCGGGAGCGGCUACAGGUUCAGGGUGGCAGCCAUCAACAGAGCUGGGACUGGAGAACCAGUCCAGCUGCCUCAGACCGUUCAGCUGGAGGCUCCGAUCACAGUGACCCAGCAGUUGGCCUGUCCAGGCUUGCAGGAGGGUAAGAUGGCCCGUGUAGAGUGCCAGCUCUCUGCUGAGGGCAGCUCGGUCACCUGGCUCAGAGACAACAAGGAGCUGGAGUUUGGGGUCAAAUACCAGGUCACCAUCGAGGGCAAGACACAAGUGCUGCUGAUCAAAGACUUUGAGUCUGCUGACCAGGGCGUGUACACCUGUGUGGCCUCAGAAGAGGCAGAAAGCUCCAUUAAUCUCAAUUUACCAACAGGUGGAGAUGGGGUUAAGUUGGAGGGGGCCCAGCCCAGCCUGCCUCCUGAGGCUGCCUCCGAGGGUGAUGUCCAUGCGCUGUGGGAGGCCCUGGCCAAGAAACGCCGCAUGAGCCGAGAGCCCACCCUCGACUCAAUCUCUGAGCUGCCUGAUGAGGACGACAAGGAGCCCAAAAUACCCAAGGAGCUAGUCAAGGAGAAGAAAGCCCCAGAGAAGGUGAACGAAAAGGAGAAGGUUGUGGAGCCUGUCAUCAUCACAAAGAAGAAGGAGUUGGAUACCAAUCUACACACCAGUUCUGAGGAUGAGUCCAGGGUUCCAACGCUGGUGUCCUACCUGAAGAAGAGCAGCAAGUCUUCCCCCUCUGCAUCUGACCAGACAGAGUCCAUCUCAACUGAGAAGUUCUAUGCACAGACCUCAGUGCAACAGACCACAGUCCUACAGACCUCAUCUUCGGGACAGCAGAUCACAGCACAGACCACAGAGAUCACUGGGUGUGGAAAUGAGGAGGAUGAAGAAAAGGGGCUGCUGGAUGCUGCUGUCAAGAUCCAGGCUGCGUUCAAGGGCUACAAGUCCUGCAAGGACAUGUGUCCAGUCUUCAAGGAUGUCUUCAAGGACCAGACCAAGGAGCCCAAUGGCACCAUCCACCUGGAGUGUGUGGUUGAGGGAAAGCCCGACAAGGUGCGCUGGCUGAAGGACGGCGAGCCCCUUGUGGACAGCAAACACCACCACAUCGACAUCUACAACGAUGGCACCUGCUCUCUGGUAAUCACCGCCGUUACCACCAAGGACACGGGCAUCUACACAUGUGAGGUCACCAACAAGUUCGGCGUGACCAUCCACAGCGGCAAGGUGACAGUAGGUUCGGCACGGGAGGCAUCUGGAAGGAGGCCCCUGACCAUGGGCUACAGCGCCGACAGCGAGGCGGAGAGCUCGUCUGCAGAAAGCGAGAUGGACGAGUCUUUGAGGCAGGCCAGCAAACGGCUGCGCCGCCUCCUCCGCACACGGCUGCCGGCCACGUCGGAGGAGGAGUCGUUCGUCAGCUGUGACGACGAGGCUGAGCUGAAGGCCCCCGAGCCCAAAUCGUACCGUGAGGACGAGCGCUACCUCUACAUCCGCUUUGACACGCGGUCUGAGGCCCAGGUGGCGUCGCUGCACUUUCAGGAGAUGUUCACGGCCCAGGGGAUGCCUGUGGAGACCACCAUCCAGGAGGCUGGACCUCUCAAAGUGGAGCUGCGCAUCAUGAAGAUGGGAUACACCCAAGAUGGCUCUGCAACACCCACACAGGAGAAGCAGCUGCCCGCGUUCAUGACAGGAGCCCCCGCGGCCCCAGUCUUCCUGACCGAACUCCAGAGCCAGGACGUGCCUGAAGGUUACCCGGUCAGCUUUGACUGCGUGGUGAUCGGAAAGCCUACACCCAGCAUGCGUUGGUUCAAGGACGGGAAGCUCCUGGAGGAGAAUGACCACUACAUGAUCAACGAGGAACACGAGGGCUGCCACCAGCUCAUCAUCACCACCGUGCUGCCUUCUGACAUGGGCGUCUACCGCUGCAUGGCCGAGAACACCAGUGGCAUCGCCGCCACUAAGGCUGAGCUCAGGGUUGACAUGUCUUGCAGCUCAGACUACGAUACUGCAGCUGAUGCCACUGAGACAGGCUCCUACAUCAGCGCCAAGGGCUACAUGUCUAGGGAAACUGAAGCGUUUGAGUCUAUGGCAGAGGAUGAGCAGAUACCACAAGUACUGGAUGAGCUCCAUGAUGUGCACGUCAGCCCAGGCUCACCCAUCGCUAAGAUGCAGCUGAAAGUCAAAGGUUUCCCCGCGCCCAGAGUGUACUGGUUCAAGGACGGUAUCCCGCUGCGUUCCUCAGACAGGAUCCUGCUGCUGGACAAGAGAGACGUCCACAGUCUGGAGGUCCUGGAGGUGAAGAGGGAGGAUGCAGGAGAGUACUCUGCCUACAUCAGCAACGCUGCUGGAUCAGCAUACUCCUCUGCUAGGAUACUGGUUCUGGGUCCAGGAGAGCUCACACCUGUAGAAGAGCACGAUCCCAAGGUGCCUCUGGUGCCGCCACGGUUCCUGGAGAAGUUUAGCAACAGGAAGGUGAAACAGGGAGCCAGUGUCACCCUGUCAGUCAGAGUGGAAGGUUCUCCCACCCCCAUGGUGACGUGGCUGAAAGAGGAGUCUGCUGAGGACGUGUUGUGGAUCAAGCCAGACACUAAGGGAUAUAAGGUGGCCAGGUCUGGGCGCCAACACAGCCUCAUCCUCAUGGAUGUGGGUUCUGAGCACGCCGGCACCUACACCUGCAUUGCCACCAACAGGGCCGGCCAGUCCAUCUGCACUGCCCACUUUGAGGUAGAGGAUGCGCCACGGCCAAAGGAAGAGACCAAAAUCCCUCUGGGUAUUACUAUCAGCCCACCAGUGGAGGAUGCUGGCAGAAGAAUGCCUUAUCUAGGUGAAGUUGGAACAGAAGAGUUUCUUAUGAAACUCACCUCUCAGAUCACAGAGAUGGUAUCUGCCAAGAUCAGCCAAGACAGCGCACAGAACCAUCAAGUGCUCCAGUGGAUUGAAGCAUGGCCCAAAGCCUCCACCUCACUACGUGUCCCGGGAGGCGAUAGCGACGAUGAGACCAAAACACCCUCCGCCUCGCCCCAUCACGGCCGCUCUCGCCCCAGCUCCAUUCUCGCAGACUCCUCCUCUGAGUCUGACGACCCUGAUGCCAGGGGAGAGAUGUUUGACAUCUAUGUGGCUACUGCUGACUACAACCCCACCAUCCCCAACAAAGAGACCAUUUCCUUGAAAGAGGGCCAGUAUGUGGAGGUUCUGGAUUCGGCACAUCCACUCAAAUGGCUGGUCCGGACCAAACCAACCAAAACCACCCCAUCCCGCCAGGGCUGGGUGUCACCUGCCUACCUGGACAAGAAACUCAAGCCGUCUGCUGAUGCUGGUGAUGUCCCAGAGACAGGUGGAGAAGAGGUCUCAGAAGGAGAGUACAAAAGAAGACUACUCCAACUGAUCCAGGACAUGAUCAACAGCGAGGCAGAGUUUGUCAAAGAGAUGGACUUCUUCACCUCCCACCACGUCAAGCAGGUGGAGAGCCCUGACGCCCCAACUGACAUCACCAGCCAGAAGGAGGCCAUAUUCAGGAACAUCCACGAGAUCAAGGCCUUCCAUAGCGAGUUCAUGUUCCCUAAGUUGCGCGAGUGCGACACUGAUGACGACGUGGCCAUGCGCUUCCUGAGGAGCGGGGAGGGCUUUGAGAAAUACCUCCAGUACCUCAUAGGCCAGCAAAAGGCAGAGGCCGCUAUCAGUGACAAGACCGUACACCACUUCUUCAAGAAGUACACAGACAAACAGCAGGCCAGUGCCGACCCUGCUGAAGGGCCUGUAUUGAGCAUUAAUGCCUACCUACAGAAACCCCUGGACAGAAUCCAGAAGUACAAGGCCUCGCUCAAGGAGCUGAUCAGGAACAAGGCCCGGAACGGUCAGAACUGCUGCCUGCUGGAGGAGGCCUAUGCCAUGGUUUCAUCACUGCCUCAGCGUUCAGAGAACACACACCACGUCUCCAUGAUAGAGAACUACCCUGCCACUCUGGAUGUAUUGGGGGAGCCCAUCAGACAGGGACCCUUCAUGAUGUGGGAGGGUGCACCUGGUGUAAGGUCCUCCUCCAGAGGCCACCGUCGACACGCGUUCCUCUUCAAAAACUAUGUCGUCAUCUGCAAAUCCAAGAGAGACUCCAACACAGACACCCAGGGCUACGUCUUUAAGAACAUGAUGAAGCUGAACAACAUAGACGUGAAUGAGACAGUGGAGGGUGACGACCGGGCCUUUGAGAUCUGGCACGAGCGCGAGGACUCUGUCAGGAAGUACACGCUUCAGGCUCGCACCGUCAUCAUCAAGAACUCCUGGCUGCGAGACCUCAGGGACCUGCAGCAGCGCUAUACCAUGCCCGGCUGGAGUAUGCCUGACUUUGAUGAGCUUCUGGCUGACUGCACAGUGGAGCUGGGACAGACAGUGAAACUGGCCUGCAAGGUUACUGGAGUACCCAAACCUGUGGUCACCUGGUACAAGGAUGGGCAUGCGGUGGAGGCUGACCCUCACCACAUCAUCAUCGAGGACCCUGACGGUUCCUGCACCCUGAUCCUGGACAACAUGACAGUGGAUGACUCUGGACAGUACAUGUGCUUCGCCACUAGCACCGCAGGCAACGCCAGCACCCUGGGGAAGAUCACUGUCCAAGUGCCUCCUCGUUUUGUGAACAAGAUGAGGAAUGCUGUUUUUACCGUUGGUGAGGAUGCUCAGUUCUCCUGCACCAUUCAGAGCGCUCCCAGCCCCAAGAUCAGGUGGUUCAAGGAGGGCAGGUUGCUGACUGACCAGGAGAAGUAUCAGACCUACAGUGAGUCCCGUAGUGGAGUACUGGUCCUAGUCAUUAAAGGCCCUACGGAGAGAGACCUGGGACAUUACGAAUGUGAGUUGUCUAAUCGACUAGGCAGUGCGAGGUGUGCAGCUGAUCUGUGCCUUCCUUCUGCUGUGACUCGGAGAGGAGAGCAGGCGAUCACCAUCGAAGUCACCGAGCAGGAGACUAAAAUACCAAAGAAAACCAUCAUCAUAGAGGAGACCAUAACCACGGUGGUGAAGAACACCCGUAUGAAGCGUCGUGGCCUGUCUCCAUCUGGGUUCAACCGCUCCCAAACCUCCACCCCAGAUCACCAGACCACCCCCACGGCCAGGCAGAGGAGGCAGGCUUCCACCAACAGGAAGACCACCAUCCCCACCCUGUACGUCACGGAGCCCGAGGGGGCCGCCGGGGCCCGGGCUGCGGAGAACAAGUGGGUGGAGGUAGAGGAAAUCAUUGAGUACAAGGUCAACAAGUCGCCCAGGCCCUCCAGGAGAGGUGUCUCCCCAGCCGGGUCGGAGCGGGCACACACCCCCUCCUCCACCCGGCCACAGAGGUCCGCAAACCCUAACGCCAACAACUCCAACAACAACCUUGUAGAACUGCAGAACCACUCCGAGCUACAGGGGGCACAGCCUCUGUACUGGAACGAUGACGAGGAGGAUGGUGACGUGGCUGUGGAUGGGUCCGAGGUCGCCCCUGGAAUCAGUGGAGAGGCCUACGAGGUCUCCUCGCUUCUAAUUCCUAACGACCAUGAACACGAAGAGGACGAGGCCUGGCUAGAAGAGCAGCAAGAGGCUUUCAUCACAGAACCGGAUGACGAUGACACCACACCCAGGAAGCUGGAGCCUAAGAUCCUGACCGAGGGCAGUCGCGUUCUCACCCUGGAGGACCUGGAGGACUACGUCCCCAGGGAGGGGGAGACCUACGGCUCCUCCAACACCUGUUCAUCACCUCCCGAGAGGCCCUGCGAGAUCUCAGUGCUCCAGAGGGAGAUUGGGGGCUCUGCUGUGGGCCAGCCGGUGCUGCUCAACGUAGGGAGGCCUGUGGGGAUGCCUAGGGAGAGGCCCAGGCCGGGCUUCUUCAGCCGCUUUAGAGAUCACCUCUCAGGAAGCAUGUUCUCCCCGGCCGGCCCCCACCACAACCACCACCCCAGCGGAGGUCAGUCCAGGAGGGAGAUUCCCAUCCAGGUCAGCCACGCCAAGCUAGAGGUCAAGCCGUUGUACUGCUCUGAGGUGCAGAGAGUGGAGGGAGUGCAGCAGAGCUACAAAACUAAAGUCUACACGUCAGUGGGCAAGUCAGUUACUCUUCAGAUUAGCAAGAAUAACCCAUAUCAAAACAAAUAAUUUAGUGUGUGAAAACAAGUAGCUGGAUUAGAACCAAGCAGAUUGUUGUUAUUCUGUGAUACGUACAAUAGCCCUUUUAGUGUUAAAUGGGAACCUUUCUAGUUAAGUGUUAAAAAGCAUAUUCUAACAUUGCAUUUUACUGCAAAUGGCGAAUCAUUCCAUUUUCAAGCAACCCGGCUAAAAGUAAAAUGCAGACACAGGAAGUCAGUCUUUUGGUCAGACAAAGUGGACUUUAAAGGACAAACAUCCAAAGGGGCUGGAUAUGUUUAGGCUAAAUUAUUUCCGAACGCCAUUGUAUACUAUCCAGCCUUCAAUUUAUUGCUGCCUUUCUUGCCACAAAUUUCAUGUACUGAAAAAUACAAUAAUUAUGAGUUGUUGCGACAUGGACUGGCACUAUUUAAGUUCAAAACUCCAACUGCUUUACCCUCGGGCGACAGAUUUUUAUAAUUUUAGCUCCUUGAUGUUAAACUUCUGUCCUGUAGGAGAACAUCAGUGUAAAGUGCUGUACACGAAGUGUACAAAACAUUAGGAACACCUUCCUAAUGUUGAGUUGCACCCCGUUUUGUCCUCAGAACAACUUCAAUUUGUCGGGGCAUGGACUCUACACGGUGUUGACAGAGUUCCUCAGGGAUGCUGGCCAAAAUGCUUCCCACAGUUGUCAAAUUGGGUGGAUGUCCUUUGGGUGGUGGACCAUUGUUGACACACCUGAAACUGUUGAGCAUGAAAUCCAGCAGCGUUGCAGUUCUUGACACUCAAACGUGUGCCCGGCACCUACUACCGUACCCCGUUCAAAGGCACUUAAAUCUUCUGGUCUUGCCCGUUCACCCUCUGAAUGGCGCGCAUACACAAUCCAUGUCUCAGUUGUCUCAAGGCUUAGAAAUCCUUCUUUAACCCAUCUCCUCCCCUUCAUCGACACUGACAUCAUCAAUAAGGGAUCAGUCUUUGUCAUGGUGUUCCUAAUGUUUUGUACACUCAGUGUAUGUCUCUCUGUUCAUUGCUUCCAGCUGAAGUUUAAUGAACAAAGAGUAUCCACCUUGAAUUGUAGCAUAUCAGUUUGUACAUAGGCUAAUUCCUGUGGAAGGAGAAACUGUUUGUGUUCUCAAACAGUAACUGACCAAACCAAUGACUUCAGCAACAGUAAAGAGCAGUCAGAUUUGAAAUGUUACAGAGGAGUUGUAAUUCUGGAAUCCACCCCAAAAAGAAUAACUUUGACAAGAUGAUAGAAGUAUAAGAGCAUUGAUUACUGAAGUUGCUGAAUUGUGUGACACGUCGACAAUGUUCUCUCAAUAGCAGUCCCUUGAGAAUGUAGACACAUGGAUCAUUGAAUUUUACUUCAGAUUGGGUAGUCUGUCCUCCUAUGCAGAAUAAAGUCUCAAAUGUUUUAAACAUUUCUAAAAUGGUCAAUUACAUGUUGUGCAGAGUUGAUACAUUUACAUGAACUGUAUAUCACUUGUGGUUUGGACUGUGGAAAGAUCUAGGUCUACGAUUGUGUUAUACAGGUCUCAUAUAAGUGUAUCAAUUUACUUCAGGUUACAUACAUCCAUAACAUGCAGCUAUAUAGGAUAAUUAAUCUUGUCCUGGGUCAUUUGUUUUAUAGAAAGCCAAGUCUUCAUUAUCAGUAUGAGAGCAAUGAGGGGAUUGACUUUAGACCAUUUUUUUAAAGUAUUUGUGAUUACUUUGGAGUAAAAUGUAAUUAAAAUAUGUUUAGAAAAGUGACUGCAUGAUAUGUAUUAGCUGAUUUGAGUGUUUAUCGGAUGAACACUGUCAUUUCAAUCCUUUAUUCGGUUCAGGUGAGAGCAGUUGCAUAGUUAGGUGUGAGUCAUUGAUCACACUGGAUUUGUUGCAAUAUGUUUUAAAUAGUGAAUUACUGUUUCCCAAAUUAAGUGUUUUGUGUUAAAUAAAACAAUAUUGUAGAAGCAUUUAAAUACUUGUUUGCUGUAAGAAAUUCAACAUAAAGCACAAAUAAGGUUUGACUGUCUGCACAUGUCUAGUUAAUGAAAAUAAAUGUUGAAUAACCCUUAAUAAAUGAAU